UCCCCCACUCCUUCUUCAAGCUCUCAUCCAAACCCCCCUCUCAAUCUCUUCUCGGAUCCCAUCGCCAUGGCCAUCAAGCUUCUCCUCAUCUUCUUCUCCGUCACAUUGCUCUUCUCCUCCUCCAGUGGCGCCGACGCCGACGUGAUAGCCGCCCUCGCCAUAUCCCUCACCAACACUCCUCCCUCCUGGAAACCCAACUCCGAUCCCUGCACCUCCAAAUGGCAAGGCAUCAACUGCGACUCAUCCGGCGCCGUCACUGAAAUCAACCUUGGAUCUAAGUCCCUCGGUGGUUCCCUCCCCCCCAACCUCAACAAGCUCUCCUCCCUCAAAUCCUUACAGCUCCAGCAAAACCAGAUCGCCGGCAGUAUUCCGUCCCUCUCCACCUCUCUCCAAAUUGUCGCCCUUGACGGUAACUUGUUCAAUUCUAUCCCUAAUGGCUUCUUCUCUGGUCUCGCUUCUCUCCAGAAGAUCUCCCUCGAUGACAACCCUUUGGAUCCUUGGUCCAUCCCUGAUGAUCUCUCCCAGUGCAACAGCCUCACUGAUUUCUCUGCCUCCAACGCCAGCAUCAACGGAACCAUCCCGGACUUCCUCGGCACAAUGCCGAGCUUGCAGACUCUCCGCUUAUCUUACAACCAACUUACGGGGGGUCUCCCUCUCUCCUUUGGCAGCUCCGGCCUGCAGAACCUCAUCCUCAACAACCAGGGCUCCGGCGCAAAGCUCUCCGGGAGGAUCGACGUCAUUGGAUCUGCCACCCAGCUUUCCAUGAUCUGGCUCCAGUCUAACAGCUUCACCGGUCCGAUCCCCGACGUCUCCAACCUCACCAACCUCCUCUCCUUUAAUGUCCGCGACAACGACCUCACCGGCGUCGUCCCGGAGUCACUGCUCACUUGCCCUACCCUCACCAACGUCACUCUCUCCAACAACAAGCUCCAGGGGCCUUUUCCUCAAUUCUCCUCCAGUGCCAAGCUUGAUGUGGAUAAAGGUAACAACUUUUGCAGCAAAACUCCGGGGCCUUGUGAUCCGAAAGUGAUGAUCUUGUUGUCCAUCGCCGGAGGCUUCGGGUAUCCGAUUGAUCUGGCAACCUCAUGGAAUGGGAAUGACCCUUGUGCCGGAUGGGCUGGAGUUGCGUGUGACGCGUCCAAGAACAUCCAAGUGCUCAACUUUGCAAACAAGCAUUUCACGGGUAUUAUCUCCCCAGAUGUAGCUAAUCUUACCACGUUGACGAAGCUGAUACUGAAUAACAAUUCACUCACUGGCAAGAUCCCGGAGGCAUUGGCGUCAAUGCCUUUGUUGCAGCUCUUGGAUGUUUCGAAUAACAAUCUUUCGGGGAGCAAACCAAAUUUCAAGUCUUCGGUGACUGUGAAAUUGUCUGGAAAUCCUAGUCUGGGUGAUGGUUCGGGUUCUGGUGGUAGUCCUGACCAGUCUUCUGGUGAUAACAAUGGAUCACCCGGAGUAUCUCCUUCUAGUGGAGACCAAUCUGGUAAAAAAAGCUCUAGUUCGGCUGGUUUGAUUGCAGGUGUGGUCAUAGCUGCAGUGGUGGUUGCUGGUUGUUUUGCAGGUUGUUUUUACUAUAAUCGGCACAAGAGAACCGCUCGCAAGUUUGGCAGGGUGCAGACACAGAGCCCUCCUCAUGAGCCUGAGAUGGUGAAGAUUGGGAUCAUGGGUAUGCAAUCAAAUGGUGCAGCUAGCAGUGAGCUAUACAGCCAUAGCAGCACUGAUAGUGCUGGUACCUAUUUGGUUGAGAAUCAUAGCAUGAGCAUGUCUAUUCAGGCUCUUAGGAUUGCCACCAAUAAUUUUAGUGAAGAUUAUAUUUUGGGUAGAGGUGGAUUUGGUGUGGUCUACAAAGGUGAUCUGAAUGGGACUUUAGUGGCUGUUAAGAGGAAUGAAUCUUUAGGGUCUAAAGGAAUGGCGGAAUUCCAUGCUGAGAUUGAUGUUCUCAGGAAGGUUAGGCAUCGGCAUUUGGUUGGUCUCCUUGGUUACUGCAUUGAUGGGAAUGAGAGGCUUCUCGUCUACGAGUAUAUGCCAGAGGGAACACUGGGGCAACACUUGUUUGAGUGGAAUGAGGGCAGGUAUGCUCCUCUUAGUUGGAAACAAAGAUUGACAAUAGCAUUAGAUGUUGCGAGGGGGAUUGAAUACUUGCACAGCUUGGCCCAAGAAAGCUUCAUUCACAGGGACCUCAAGCCAUCCAACAUUCUCUUGGACAAGGAUAUGCGGGCAAAGGUCUCAGAUUUCGGCUUAGUAAAGCUUGCUGACAACACAAAGUCCUUGGCAACCCGGUUAGCUGGAACUUUUGGGUAUCUUGCACCAGAAUAUGCUACCACUGGAAAAGUGACAACAAAGGUUGAUGUGUAUGCAUACGGUGUGAUUCUAAUGGAGCUGAUCACGGGACGGAGGGCACUAGAUGAGACCCGGCCUGAAGAUGAAACCCACUUAGUAACAUGCUUCCGUAGAAACAUCAUCAACAAGGAAAAGUUCAUGAAGACAGUGGAUUCAUUUCUGGAUCUCGAUGAUGAAUCUAGAGAAGGUUUAUUGGAAGUGGCAGAACUAGCGCGCCAUUGCACUGCACGGGAACCUUAUCAAAGACCUGACAUGGGCCAUGCUGUUAAUGUUUUGGCUCCACUUAUCGAACAAUGGAAGCCUACAAGCUAUGAUGAGGGAGAUUUAUGUGAUUCAGGCACAAACCUCGCUCAGAGAAUGCAGAAAUGGCAACUCGGGGACGGGUCUUCAACAACUGAUUUAUUCGGCAGUUACAGAGGAAGUAUCGAAAAUUCCCGUGUAGCAAGCAUGAUGAGAAACUAGCUACAUAUCUCAUCAAUCAAGAGACAAUUGAUUAAAUGCUCAGAUGCUGUGAUGAGGUGAUGAGGUGGGGAAAGUCUCAAAUUGCAUCUACUUCUAAAGAUGGGUUCCUACUUCAAGGGAUAGCUUCUGAAACUCUCUCACUCCAACAUCUACUGUUCUUUGAAGUCCUUAUUAUUUAUGAUCCUUUCUGACAUCUUAUUUUUAGAUUCUGAUUUGUAUUUUUUUUUUUGUCUUUUGAUCUUCUUCUUUGAAACCCAGAUGACAGAAGUUGUUUGUUUUGUUGCAUUCUCUGUUGUGAUGAAAGAUAUUUUUUGGUUUUGUAUGUGGAUAGUUAGUGGAAGAGCACAUAUUUAAGUUA